GACUGUGAUGGCGGAUGUAAGCGAGAUUGACACCAUGAAGCACUACCACAGCGGUUUCGACAAAAUCGACAGAGAAAUGAGCCGGUACCCGCACUGUAUCGUCUGGACACCGAUCCCGGUACUGACCUGGUUCCUGCCCUUCAUUGGCCACAUGGGCAUCUGCAGCUCCGCCGGGGUGAUCCGGGAUUUCGCAGGACCGUACUUCGUCUCAGAGGACAACAUGGCCUUCGGAAAACCAACAAAAUACUGGAAGCUGGAUAAGAAUAAAGUGUACGGCAGUGGAGCAAACGCCUGGGAUGUGGCCGUACAUGAAGCGUCGGAGGAAUACAAGAACAGAAUGCACAAUCUGUGUUGUGAUAACUGUCACUCUCAUGUGGCCAUGGCUCUGAAUCUGAUGCGCUACAACAACAGCUCAUCCUGGAACAUGGCUAACCUGUGCCUGCGCUUUCUCAUCCACAGCAAACACGUCAGCUUCGUGGGGUUUCUGAAGACCUGGCUGCCUUUCCUGAUGAUUUGUGGGGUCAUCGUUACCAUCGCCCUUGCCGUCAACCUGCGGUGACUGAUGCAUGCUGGGAAACGGCGCCGACAGGAGCAUCAAACACUGAGAGAUGAUGCACAGGAUUAACCCAAACUCAGGAUUAGCAAGAGUCACGGCUGUAAAACUCAAUCAAAAGUGAAUCUGCUGGAAUUACAGACCGAUAUACACCUCACGACUCGCAGAUUGUGUGUAAAUAUGUGAAUUACAGGGACGUUUUCCAUUACAGGAGCUUCAUCAUCUGAUAUAUCUGUGUAGUAUCAUCACACAUACAGGAUAUCAACGGCUUACAGUGAUGAAACCGUUUCCUAUUGAGACUGUUGCGAAAUAUCUAUCCAUGAACUGCAUUCAGGAGAAGUGUGCACUAAAAAGGAUGGGUUGUUUUAAUGCAAUGUUUGGUCAGAUAUGGAACAACCCAACUGUUGGGUUAAAAAAAGUGCAGUUUUAAUUCAAUUAAAAUAAUUAAGCAUAUUUGACCCAAGAUUGUGUUCAUUUAUUUUUUUAAAAUAAAUGACCCUUUUAAAACUCAAUGGUUGGGUUUUCUCAGUGUUGGGUCAAUUUAAUUAGUUUAAUUAGUUAAAUCAUGCUUUUUAACUCAACGGUUGUGUGUGUCUAUAUUUGACUCAACAUUGGGGUUCAUUUAUUCAUUCAUUCAUUUUUUUUUCGGCUUAGUCUCUUUAUUAAUCUGGGGUCGCCACAGCGGAAUGAACCGCCAACUUAUCCAGCACGUUUUACACAGCGGAUGCCCUUCCAGCUGCAACCCAUCACUGGGAAAUGGGUUCAUUUAUUGAAUUAAAUUUAAAUAAAUUUAUUUUUACUAAAUGGUUGGGUCUGUCUAUAUUUGACCUAACAUUAGGUCAGUUUAAUUAAUUAAAUUACACUUUUUUUUACUCAAUCGUUGGGUUUGUUCAUAUCCGACCCAACAUUGAAUUUAUUUAAUUAAAUUUAAAUGACACUUUUUAACUCAGCAGUUGUGUUUGUCUAUAUUUGACUUAACGUUGGGUUAAUUUAUUAAAUUAAAUUAAAAUGACACAUUUUAACUCAACAGUUGGGUUUUUCUAUAUUUGCCCCAAUGUUGGGUCAAUUUAAUUAAAUUUAAAUGACCAUUUUUAAACUCAAUGGUUGGGUUUGUCCAUAUUUGAUCCAGCGUUGGGUUCAUUUGUUAAAUUUAAAUCAAGAUUUUCAAACACUGCAUUUGGGUUUGUAAAUAUUUGACCCAACAUUGUGUUAAAACAGCCCAGUAUAUUUGGAAUGUAAGCAUGGAAAUCCCCUUCAUGGUUUUGUUUGGGUUUUGUCCUUGUGUUUAAUCUGUUCCAGGAUGUUUACAGGAUGUUUGUGUUCUUUUAACGAGAGUUUUUUUUACAUUUGGUUCAUUACUUUAGAUUUUUAUGUCUUCAUUUAUAUUUUAUGACCAAAUACAAACAUAUAUCCAUAA